AAGGAAUUCAAGAGCAGGAUUUUUGGUCAAUAAAAAAAGUGACAGAAGAAGAGACACUGGAGAUUAAGUACCUGUUUCAAGGAACAUCCUUUGGGCCGUGAUCUCAAGGAAGAAAUCUCAUCAAAAAGCUUGCAGAUGAUUGAGCAUGCCCCAACCUCGCCAUGGAUUUCACAGCUGCAUUACUGACAACUGUCAGAGAGCACCAUAACUACCAAUCAGUCGACUUGCUCCAUUUGGUGGUCCAGAAUUGGAUCGUGUUCCAGCGAUCCACCUUUGAUUACUUUGAUGAUCAAGGUGAUCCCUACACAAGCCAUUUAUUCCUUAUCGAAGUUUGUACAGGACGAUUUAUCCAUCGAGCCCAAGGAAUGAAACUGGAGGAAGGGAUCACAUUGGAUAUGAACAGAUUAGCUAGCAAAUUAUUAGAGGCUUUUCAAGGCACUAGAUUGUGCCAAGGAUGGUCGGUUCAAGAUGUCCCAGCCAAUCACCCAACAUUUCGUGUUCGAGAAUAUCCUGUUCCAAGAUGUGUGUCAAAUGAUUGCCAGCAUUUAUACAAACCUUGUAAGAGCGAGGUAGAAUUAGGUCAAUUGUCUCCAUCAAAAAACCGUUCCAUUUGUCCUCCUUGUGAGAAGAUGAAUGAUGGCUCUGGUGAGGCAUUGGAUAUCACCAUAGAUGAUGAUCUUAAUGACAGUAACGAGGAACUGACCGAUGAACACCCGGACGCCAUUUCGUACGAUAUCUUACAAGACCUGGAAGAUUGUGAGCCAGAUCUCAAGAUUUUUUCCGAAUCUGACAUUGAUGAGGAUGACUUGGCCUUGAAACGCCCAAGAUUUGCCCAGCCGGAAAAGAUGGCUAUGGAAUGCGCAUUUUGUUCUAACGAAUCCUCUCAGUCAUGUGAUUGUGGUACCAAAGAUGAGAAACCAAUGGGUGAUCUCCAUGAACUGGAUGGUAUUUCCUACAAGAAGAAAGCCAAAAGACAACGAAAAGAGUUCAAAUGCAAUCAUUGCUCCAAGGUGUUUCCCACCAAGAGUUUUUAUGCCCGGCAUCAACGAGAAAAACGCCUUGUGGGGUGUCCUCAUUGUUCCAAAAAGAUUGUGACCUUUUGGGAACUCAAACAGCAUCUCUCCAGAUUCCAUCCGGAUUCAUCUCAAGAAAAUCUCCACCCGUUAUGGGACAAUGACGAGGAUGAAGCCACCAUGCAGUAUCCCAAGAUAUGCUUUACCUGCGACCGUUUAUGCAACGGCAACAUCAUGAUGAGUCGGCACAAGGAGCUCUACCAUGAAUUAGGCGAUCAUAAAUGUGCAGAAUGUCUAGAGCCUUGCCUCACAUUCUACGACCUUAUAAUCCACAGCUACCAAGCCCAUUCCAAAGCUAUUCCCCACAUUUCUCCCUACACUCAAGGACUCCAUUUUAAAACUCACACCAACGGCAAAGUCGAAGUCACGCGUCAAAAUUUUGCUUGUCACUUCUGUUUCGCGACCUUUAAAUUUGAUUCCGAGCACACAAAACACAUGCGGAAAUGUCAUGCUUGGGGCCAAUUCGAGUGUCGGGCUUGCGACGAGGUGGGCCACUAUUCCCAAGAUAUCUCUGCCCACAUGCGGGAUUUUCAUCCACAAAAGCCCGAGGUGAAGUGCCCGAAUUGUUCAUCGAUAGUGACCCUUCAGACCGACGAAGAAGCGUUCAUCGUCCAUUAUAGGGGUUGCAAGUUCAAAGGUUUUAAAAAGACCAAGACCAACAAGACUAGUUCGAAGAUUCAUCGGGGUACCCGGCGGAGGGCUGAUUUUCAGUGCCAUUACUGUGGGAAAGAGUACGCCUCCAAGACCACUUUGCAGAAUCAUGUGCAACAACACGAGGGUGUGGAGCGAUUUAAGUGCACAUUCUGUGAUUAUGGCACCAAUGUCAAGGCAGUGCUCAUUGAUCAUGAAAAGCAUCAUUUGCGAGAAAGAGGAUUGACCAACGAGGAUACCGGCAUGCAGCUCUACUAUGAUUGUGAUCAAUGUGACAAGAAGUUUGCCCAGCAGUCUGGCCUGCGUUCCCAUCGGAAACGGGUCCAUCAGGGGAUCAAGAAGAAUCAUCCUUGUAAAGAUUGCGGUGAAGUAUUCACCAACCUUCAAGGCUACUAUCGGCAUAAGCGACAACGGCAUGGGUUUGUGUCGAAGCAAAUCGGACGCAAAGGACGGAAGCCGUUAGAUUGAAGGUCACAAUUAGCCAAGCAGAAAAAAGUGGAGAAAACACAGAUGUGGACACUUUUUUAAAGAGGGAAAGAAGAAAUUGAAUUGGAAGCAUAUCUCAUAUUGUUAAGUCGAUUGUCAGAUUGGAAGUAUUCAUAAUGUUAUCAAAUGAAACUGUUCAUGAGUAGAGAGUGAAAUGGUGUCUUUUUGAUUUGAAGUAACCGCACUGAAAGAAUAUAAUUGGCGUUUAUGAAGAAAU